UCAGUAUAGUUGGGUAUAGUUUUUCAAUCAUAGUAGCACUUGAAACGAAGGCCACAUUUCUUACUUGACGUCGAGCUAUUUUUUCGUCAUUCGUUCGCUCGGCCCUUCAGGUGAAGGAUUUAAAAAAAAAACAAUCCUAAUAAAAAACCAGUGAAGUGAAAAUCGGAAAACUAAGUGAUAAAAUGGGUCAGGUCCUGGAGAAGAUUAAUGUGUUUAAUCGCGCGCCUGCAAGGGGCAAUAAUACCGCUCGUAACCCGGACAGGGUCACUUCUGGUUCCGCCGGAAAUCGGCAAUCGAACAAUCUACGAUUCCCGAUGGUUCGCAGGCACUCGGAGGAAAAUGUCGCAAAUAAGCGUCGUGCCAGGGAGGGCGAUAAUAAUGAAGCCACCAUUAUGUUGAGGGAGUUAGAAUGCGAGUUUGAAGCCAAUGCUGCCGACGCUGAAGCAUUGGCUUUGGAGUUCUCUGAGUUCCCCUCACCUAUUGGCAAUGAGGAGGUCGAGUUAAUAUUGGAGUAUUGCGAGUCUUCUGAGAGUGAAGACGACGAUGGAGAACUGAAUGGGUAUCCAUCAUCUAAAAAUGAUACGGACGAGGAGGAUUCCACCGAAAGCGAAGAAGAAGCAGACGACGAGUCGGACUCCUCGGAGUCCUCGGAUUCCUCGAUACGCUCGGAACUCAAUGCACUUUUGAACUCGGAUUCCGAGUUGGACGAAGACUACGAUGACGAAGAAUUUUCCAGUGGAUAUAUUACUCCAUCAGAUGCUUCCAUCUCCAGUGAGGGUGACAACGAAGAGGUUGACGUGUCCGAUGACUCAGACAACGACUACGAAGAAGUCACUGAUGAUGAUGUCUAGGGAUGUCUUCUUUAUAUAAUUGUACACAUUUCAAUACAACGCAUUUAAAUAGAA